AUGAGCGACGCAGCCAAGGCAUUGACGAUAAAACUAAGGAACGAGUUGGGAAACCUGCCACCAUGGAAGAUCGCAACAACGCAGGAAUGCAUGGACAAAGGCGAAACGACAUGGUUGAUCAAGAAAAAAUAUUGCGGCCAGGCUGCCGAAUACAAUCAGUUCCGUCCACUCGCUCGUUCGGUACAUCGGCAAUGCAGAAGAGAGAUUGGCAAAUUCCCGGAUAUCACGGUCGACGUUAUCAAAGGGUGGAUUGCAGAGAAGUACUGGGAUGAUACUGAGGUGAAAGCUGAGUACCAACGGCAGUUUUACAAGGCGCAUCCCGAGAUACGUCGGGCAAAGAAGUUACUGGCUGAGUUGAGACGUGAUCUAGGAGAUUGCCACCUGGUCGACGAACAAAACGUGCUCAAGUGGGUCAAGAAAAACUUAACGGACAAGCGCGUCGAAGACAAGUAUAGAAGCGCUCUUGACAGGGCUGGUCCUCUCAACCGUGCGGAGGCCUUGCGGUAUCGCUUAGAAGACGAGGGGUCGGACGAGCUGGUCGUAUCGAAUGCUGUCAUACUGGAGGAAUGUCGUGACAAUUCAAACGACACCGCCGUUGUGGACGCCAUUCUGAUGAAAUUCGACGCUGGUCAGGGAGAAGAUGCAGGUGGUGUACAGGAGGAAGGUGCUCAGGAGGGGUAA